CGCCUCGCCGCGAUGCCAGGCUGCCAGUUCACUUUCGGAUGUUGUCGUUUGUGGAGGUUGUUUUGCUAGUGUCGGCCGAGUGUCCGCGCGAUUUCCACUUGUGAGUGAAAACGUUGCUCGUCUGUGGCGGCUGCUGCGUGUUUUCCGUGGAUUUUCCGACUCGGUUCGUCGCUGCGGCUGCUGCUGCGGCCGUGAUUUGCCUUGAGUCGGUGGUUGUUUUGCAGUCAAGGUCGGGCCAGUGGUUACGCGCCGACUGCGUGCUCGCGGACGCCUGCUGGACCGAGCACCUGCACGCGAAAUUGGUGUGAAUUCGAGUGGAAAGGCGACGAUGAGUGGUUCGCCCACGGGUGUCUGAGUCCAGUUCUGGGAAAUUGCGGAAAAGUGAAAGAAAAACGUGAAAAGAAGAAGUGAUUGCGGCACAAGCCCGCCGCGUGUCAACUCGCGACUGCUUGGCGUGCGGGCCCGGAACGCGAGGUCUAACACGAAAUCUGCAAAGCGGUUUGGUCGACGUCGCGCCGCGGGUGUGUUGCGUGGCGACGACCGGUGCCUCGAGUCGGUCCGGGCGCCCCUCAUGCUCAUUAGACUGCAGUGGAAAGUGCCGCCGUGUCUAGGACUCGUGCAGCCUUCACUCCGACCCCACCUGGGAGUGCAAUGUAAGCGCCCACUCGCCUCCACGGAGGACGAGUUCGUUUCACGCCACCUGCCAGUCUGCCUGGCCCACUGACGCAGCUCUUUCUUGGGUCAUCAGCACUUCUACCUGCAUCGACGGGCUGCAGGCGCGGAGCCGGCCUUCAGACCUCCUCUACGCCCGGCGCCCGCUGCACCUUGCGCUGGAAAACGCCAGCCGGUCUCCCGUGGAAAACACCUGUCUGUGACCUGUUGUGAACGUAAACACGCCAAGCACACUCGUCAGAGUGCGGAGGCCAGUGCAGUGAACGGAGAACCGUACGAGCGGAAAGUGAGUUCUUUGUUGAUUGUUGCCACUCCCCCCGCCGCCUCGCCCCGCAAAGGCCGGGAAAUACCCAGUCGCUCGGUUCCAUACGGAGUUUUGCUUUCAGUUGGCAACCGGAGGAAGUUGAAGGUAUUGCUUCCGACUGUUCCCCCUUGAAGAACUGCCGUCGUGCGGACUGUGUGGAAAUUUGUGGAAAUUCCCGUCUUCGGUGCGCCUUAUCACGUUUCCGGCGUAUUUGCGCUGCUCCCGUGAUUUCUGUGUUUUCUCUGACAAUUUGUCGUCGAGUUCCCGGAAAAGAUCCUGCCCUGAAUCUGUGAAAGUGAAAUUUGGAAAGUGUUUUCCCGUGGAAGAAAGUUUUUGGGAAUUGCAGAUGAAGUGAAAGGGAAAUGUGAAAUUUUAAAGAGUUUAUCAGUGAUUUCGAUGAAAGUGGCCAUUGGAGAGGUUGAGUGAGGAAGUAGCCGACUUAGAACUGUCCAACGGUUCAUCUGGCAUCGCAUCAUCAACAGAGCAAUGAGAGCUCAUCGCCAAAGCAGUUAUCGCUGAACUCAAUACUAAGAUUUCAAAUUGAAACUGCUCUGGAAUCAAGUAAAUCGCCUAUAAUGGAUCUCACCUCCAAGUCCUCCAUUUUACAUAAUGUGACUAACAUCAAUUGCUUUAAGUGUUUUCUGCGGCAUUUGUACUUUGUGCCCAUUUUUUCGUUGAGCAUCUUUAUCGCCAUUAUCACUAGCACCAUCCAGAAACUCAGUGAUCUUCAUGAACAUCGUCGGCAUCUCCAUUUGCAUCGCCAUCACCAUCGCAAUAGCAACAAUAACCCAAGGCACAUUACACCAACGACAAUUGUUCAAUUAUUCGAAUUUGCAAACAUUCCGCCAAGUCGCAUUCGUCAGCCAUCGUUCGUGAACAAAUUACAAUAAAUUGCAAAUUGCAUUGCACGAGUGCGAGUACAGGAGUCGUACCUACACGGGCAGCGCUGAGAACCCAGUACUUUGCAAAAACGACAUAAACCCAUGAGUAAUUGCUCGAAAAUUGACCGCAGAAACAGAAUAGACUCCGAGCCAAGGUGAUCCAUUGCAUUGUUGAGAUGAACUCAAUUGAGAUCGAUUAGGCAAUCGCGGAAAAUUCUGGAAAUUCGAAUUAAUUAAUUGCAUGGGGUUCGCACCACCACCCUUCGCUCGUAACGCGAUCAAGUGGCAACAGUAGGGUCUCAGCGGCAACAGGGCGACAACUAGCCCAACGGAGUAGUUACUAUCGUAAUCUGCCUCAUAGUAAUGGCGAUCUCCUAACUGAUCUUCGUCUGAGACUAUCAGUAAAGCGUAAUUGUCGAUUAUCGGAGCUAAUUGCGAUUGAAAGCGACUCCGAGCGACAAAAAAGUCGAUACGACCAAAUAAAGGUCAUUCAUCGCGUACAUUUGUAUUUGCAACAAAAAAGCCGACGGAAGUUAUGUACGCAUAUGAUGAUUAUGAUUAUAUUCGUUUGAGCGUUUUUGUAUGUAUGUACGAAGUAAUGGCGUAGAAAUUCGUGACAGAUUCAAAAGUGAAAUUGUUACUAUUCAAGGUUAUCGUGGACACCUAUCGUUCGUUAUUACACUCGCUCAGAUGAAAAGGAACAUUCCCAAGUCUGCCAACUCACACAUGCCGCUUUCUUUGUAAAUCCAUAAAUGAGAAUUUAAUAGUGAGAGUCAGAGGAUUCCGACGGUGCAACGAUCACAGAAAUCAUAAAAAUAAAUUAUCAGCAAUGUCAGAGUCGCGGCGAGCAUCGGUAAGUUUCACGGCAAUGCCACCCGGCGUUCUAGUGAACGAAAGUCGCAACAAUUCCACGGAUGAUAUACAGAUUGCACUCGCGCCUCACAUCCAACUGUACCUGAGUCAAACAGGACGACGCCAUUCGUGCUGUAGCGUCAUGUUGCCGGUGGCGUUUGAACGGGCCGCGGCCAAAUCCUGGCUGGAUCCACGUUUCGAUUCCGUCGUCCUGGAGGAGCAAUAUCAGCAGAGCAUCUUUGCACAAAUCCGCAUGAGAUUCAGAUUCGCCUUAUUCUACAUCCUUCUCUACUCCGUCGCAUGGUUCAUUUACUUCAUAACGAAGGGAACAUCAAGCGAAUAUUGGCAACCUGUAGCGCUCUCCCUAGGAUUUUUAUUUAUUGCCAUCGUAACGACAAUAUGCGUGACCAAAACAACUUUCUACAAAUCUCAUACAUGCCCCAUAUCCGCAUGCGUGGCGCUAACACUAUGCGCCGGAUCGUUGAUCCUUCUGGGCCUCACCGACAAUGCAGUCAGCCCUUUGGGACACUUCUCGUUUUGUCUAGAGAUCAUCCUACUGAUUUACACCGCCCUUCCCAUGCGAGUCUGGCUGGCGGCAGGAAUAGCGAUCAACUACUCAAUACUCUUCGAACUGCUAACCCAUGUCGUCGGGAACAGCGCAAUUCAUGGCUCCAAUACGGGAUUUUCAUACAAAAUAUUGAUUUUAAGGAUUUUCCUCCAGAUAACUGUACACUUAGUGGGCCUGCAUGUGCUCAUAAUGAACAUCGUUCGAAUGAGAGGGACAUUCAUGAAAGUUGGACAGAACUUGCUCGUGCGUCGUCAACUUGAAAUGGAAAAACAGCUCAAGGAGAAAAUGAUCCAUUCAGUGAUGCCACCAAAAGUUGCGGAUAUGUUACUCAAAGAAGGGGGUGGAGUUGAUCCCGAGAUGGCAAACUCAGAAAGCUUGACAUCAAACCAUUUGAAACCGCGUCCUUCAAAUGAUGUGAAAUCACUUUUUCGACCAUUCCAUAUGCACAGCAUGUCCAACGUGAGUAUUCUCUUUGCGGAUAUCGUUGGAUUCACGAAAAUGUCCUCCACAAAAACUGCUGAACAAUUAGUGGAAAUCCUGAACGAUCUCUUUGAACGUUUCGAUGAUUUGUGUGUGAUGAAUGGAUGCGAAAAGAUUUCAACGCUGGGCGAUUGCUAUUACUGUGUGAGUGGAUGUCCUGAGCCCAGGCCAGACCAUGCGAUCUGCUGUGUAGAGAUGGGAUUGGGAAUGAUUGCAGCCAUGAGAGCAUUCGAUAUGCAACGGCACGAAGGAGUCAAAAUGCGAGUAGGAGUUCAUACAGGAACUGUCCUUUGUGGGAUCGUAGGAACGAGACGAGUGAAAUUCGACGUAUGGAGCAACGAUGUAACAUUAGCAAACAAAAUGGAAUCAACGGGCAGACCCGAACAGGUCCAUAUUUCGGAGGAAACUUGCAGUUUUCUAGGCGAUGCAUAUUUUCUAGAAGAAGGCGAAGAAGUUUUUGGCCAUCGAACAUGUUUUGUAACUGGUCGCCGAAAAGAUUUAUCCACAUCACGAAACAGCAGCUUAAGUCCGCUGCCUCUCCACCUAGUCGUAUCACCGCCCGACAGCUUUAUAAAUGGCGUCUCUCUGUCACAGAGUGCAACGAAUAUUUCAGCGAUUCAGCCAACCGUUCCGCCAGCCUCGCCAGUAGGCCCGGUCUCCACAUCCUUAAAUCCAUCGCCAGUUCUUUCAAUACGACCACGAAUCGCUUCACUAAGCAUGAAGAUCCGCAAGAAAUCCACUAAUUGCCUAAUGGAUGUUGAAAAAGUGAACACAACAGCAGCAAAGCCAAUGGUUAGGGAACAUCCGAAAAUUAUAGUUACAACGAAAUCACUUCCCGGCAGCCUCGACUCAGAUCAUGAAGACGAGGGAUGCUGUCGUGGAAGCGGCGGUAAUGGUAGUACUUCGAACACCAAUAAUAAAACAGGGAGCGAAGAGGAAAGUAUGACUGCGAAGUACACAGCCAAAAUUAAGAACUGGAAGGUUCCGAAAUUCUUGAAGAAGAUUGAAGAAUUGAAGAAAUCCGACCCAGUAUCGAAAACAAAACCGACUGAUGAAAUACAGACUGUUGACCAGAACGGCUAUCAACAAUUGCCGGUCGUUAUUGAAACGCCACGACCAAGUUUCCAUACAUUAGAUAUUCCUAAUCGAACGCCAUUACCAAACCCGAACAUGAAUCCUUCUUCAGGGCCAUCAAAGUCACCGGAAGGAAGUUGUUGCUCGCCAGGACAGCAUUCGAUGUUCGAUGACAUUAUCGACAUUCGUUCGUAUAUCUCGCAAUCAAGGAGUGAUAUAUCGCCAUUUGGUAGGUCGGGGAGCUAUCGAUCACAAUGUGGCCGCUCAGCUGCCAAUUCCGACUCGCCGGUCGGUCGACCUAGAAGCUCUACGACUGUAAUAACUAAAAGUGACCAACAGAGAGCCAAUGUGAAUAACGCCCCUGCAGACUGUCUUAGCAUAUGCCCUUCAGCAACAAGUAGAAAAGAUUCGGGGAUCAAGAGCAAUAGUCGGCGGUCCAGCAUCCAACAGCAAAUAUACGCCCUUAACCAAUCCACAAUAUCUCAGCAUAGGGUGUCCGGUUACUUCACAAGCUCGCAGUCGAGCCUCUCGAAUAUGCCUGAUGCUCAGCUCCCACCCGUUCCUAACAACAUCAACUCGCAAAAUCAAAACAUAUCUGACACUCUUGCUGCAUGCCUGCAGCAGCUGCGCAAACAAUCAGACCUGCAGCUGAUACGCUGCGUUCGAGACAAUGCAAAGUCACAAAGGAGCUACUUAGUGAAGCCACCGCUACGAAGAUUCAGUUUGUUUUUCAAAUCUCGCCAAAUGGAGAAGGAGUUCCGCUCAAAAGCACAUCGGUUCGGAAAUGAAAAUGAAUCCGAGGGACCUCCCACACUCGCAACACCACGAUACAACACCUAUAUUGAUAUUUUCGUAGGAAUAAUGGUUUAUUUGGCAAUAUCAGGAUCAUUGUUCCUCAUGACCCCGACUACUGUCACCCCAGAGUUCCGGUUUUGGGUACUCACUUUUGUCAUCUUCACCGCCAUACAAUUUUUUGCGUUGUUCCUUUUCACGCGCCAAAUGUGCCGACGUCACUCAAUGAAGAGUAAGACAACGGUCAAUGGCAAUUCAGCCUCGUGCGCCGAUAGGAUAUUCGAGGCAAUCUCGAGCUGGUAUCCAUGGCAUAUUUGCUUGGCGAUUCUCAUGCUGCUUCCAGUUAGUCUGAUAAUUAUCAAUUUUUUGCUUUUGGAUCUGAAUCAAAUCCAAGCGUUCGAAUAUCACUACGGGUUCCUAGUGUUUGUGUGUAUUGUGCACUUCUGCAACUUUACACAGCUCAACUGUUGGAUGCGGAAUAUACUCGCAUUUCUGGCUGGAAUGUGUUUUGUAGGCAUAGCUGUGUCGCAACUCACAGCGGAUGCUAUGCGAAAUGAUGGUUUGAACGAUGCUGAGAUAGUAAAUGGAACCAACGAAACCUCCACGACUACUUUCUCUUUUGGAACGGAGGCUCACUCGCACUACGAGGACAUCCAAUGGUUCCAAGACUACCACCUCGAGAUUUACUUAGAUUUAUUUUUACUUUUGAUACUCGUUUGGUUCCUGAAUAGAGAGUUUGAAAUUGGAUAUCGAACCACAUUCUAUGGAAGUGCUGUGGCCAACCAAGAUAAAAUUCGAGUCCAAAGUAUGAAGAACCAGGCCGACAUGCUGUUACAUAAUAUUAUCCCGAAACAUGUCGCCGAGCAACUCAAAAAUACCGCCAAAUACUCCGAGAACCACCACGAUGUUGCGAUUAUCUUUGCAAGCAUAGUCAACUUCAAUGAAAUGUAUGAUGAGAGCUACCUGGGCGGGAAAGAAUUCCUGCGAGUCCUUAAUGAACUUAUUGGAGACUUCGACGAACUUCUGACACGUCCUGAGUUCCGUUGUGUAGAAAAGAUUAAAACUAUUGGAUCCACUUUUAUGGCGGCCAGUGGCUUAGAUCCAGAGAGCCGUGGCGAAAAUAAUCAACACAUCUAUGCACUCAUGGAGUUCGCAUUAGCCAUGCAAUCCGUUGUAGAUGCAUUCAAUAAAGAUCUUUUGGAGUUCAAUCUGAUCCUAAGAAUCGGAUUCAACAUUGGAGAUGUAACGGCUGGCGUUAUUGGAACGAGCAAAUUACACUACGAUAUUUGGGGAGACGCCGUGAAUGUGGCGAGUCGAAUGGAUUCAACUGGCGUUCCGGGAAGAAUACAGGUGGGAAGUUAUUGCCUGUCGUUUUUGGAGAACAAAUACACGUUCGAACCGCGUGGUCAAGUUUAUGUUAAGGGUAAGGACCAUAUGGAAGUGUUCUUGCUGAAGGAGCGUAAAAUUAUAAUUGGUGGUGAAUCGACUGAUGGCAAGUGGGAUGGGGCUGUUCGAUAAAGAUAAAGUUUAUAAGAGAAUGUGUGCACGUUUCGACAAUCUGUAUGUAAAGUUAGUUCGAAUGGAUAUAGCGUAUGUAAAUGCGAGAAGACAUUCGAUGAAAUUCAUAUGAAAACAAAUUUUGAUCCUCAAAUUUGCUAAGAAUCGGGAUCAUAAUGAAAUGAAGCUUUAGCUAGAUGGUCCAGUUUUAAUAAAUAUUUGACGAUUUCUUCUAAGAAAGGAACUAAUUACGAAUUUUAACGAUAUUGUUGGGCGGACAUGGAACCGACUCAUCGCUUCCUAGAUAAGAUAUAAUGCUUUUCUGCAAGACUGUGCGAAUUGAAGUAAAUAUGUAUAUUAAAUCCUAUUUUUUCUAAUCCAUUCUAGAAACUUCGGAUUUUAAUAAUCCCAACGAGUUAGCCUACGCAAUGCACUGUAACACUAAUUAGUGUAACAAAUACUUCCAUUGAUGCUACCAAAUGUAAUUGAAUAUUGAAUGUCAGGCAAAUAUUCAGCUCCAAUAACGCCAUUUCUUAUUACAGUCCGAUCCCCCCCUCCAAGCAACUCCAUCUGUCAACCAUAUUCUUCAAUGGGCGACUUUUAUUAGCUUUUCACUAGCGUGGUCAACAGAGUCCCAGAGAAGUUCGGACGGUUUUCUGCGAAUCAAUUUCUUCUGAUUUGAAAUGUUCAAAUACUCGCUCAGCGUCCAUCAGUUGUACGCAAUCGGCCCUCAUAGUUUUUCAAAAUUUAACAAGCCCCAAUUCUACUAGACCAUAAUAAAAAUUAGACAGCUCAUUGUUAUCUCAAAUUCACUACCCACCUCCAUCUUUAACGGUUGAAGAAUCCAUCGGGGGGUUGUACUUUCGAACAUGCCAAUAACUUUCUCUAAAGUCUGCGUCAAAGUCCGUUUUUCAUUGUUACAAAAUAACACAAAUCUUAAAAUAGUUCUGUAAAUGUGAACUUUCUGUUUCCAACAUUUCUAUAUUUUAAGAAUUAAAAGGUCCUUCACCACCCGUCCGCAUUUUCCACAAUUAAAUACCCCAUUGUGAGGUAUGGUCGUCCAGCCUUUUUCAUUAAUCUUUAAGCCGGCACCUUGUGUCCCUUUUUAUUUAACACAUAACGAAAUAACCAAGGGCGAGAUUAAAGAACAUGAGGGCGGUUUAUAUCCUUGUUUCGAUCCGCACUUCCUUUGAAAUCAUUGCAUUAGUUCACUAACUCAGUAAAUAUUAAAAUUUAAAUUUUUAAUUAAGAUCUAUCAGUCUGGCUGCACUGAUGGUAAGUUGGGUGUAGUGCAGUUGUCAUUGUGGUGUUAAUCAAGAUAUGAAUUCCGAAUGGUUCGGAUCUUUAAGUGCAUGCAAGAAAAAUCGUUUUUUGUAGUCUUGUUUAUAAUAAACACGUCAAUCUAUCAGUUUUUAAUCAGUCAAUUUUUGAUGGAUUAACUGACGCCACACUGAUGAAAUACUGAUCGUGUAAGGUGAGCCUUACAGCUGAGUUUCGCGUCUCUGCCAUUGAGUUGUACUGUCGUUCAAGUGGGGAACAAGUCGGCAAGGCAAACGUUGCUAGAUUUAAUGUUGGCUUAAAAUGAAUAACGUAGUUAAAGAAAAGGAUACCCAUUAGACCGGGCACAAAUUGAGGCUUAGCUUGCUGAAGUGACGUGACGUAGCCCACCGUGACUUUUUGUGGAGCAAGGAAGUGAAUGCAGGGUAACGCGAAGCAGUGUCGCAAUUUUCACUAGUGACUGCGACCUGCAUUGAGUGAAAACUAGCAACUAUUGACUCCUCGAGAGAUCCAUGUAAUUCAAAAGGUUGUUCAUGGAUUGCUUAAUCAUAGUUUUUAAAUUUUUCAUUAGAGAACUCGUCUUUCACGGUUGUUUCGUGAGGGCUAAGAAUUGAUGUUGAAUGAUAACAUAAGUGGAGUGGGCAUCUUGCGUCCGCCCCCGUACAACCCCCAGCUCGGUGUACCAAAAACAAUCGGGCAAAGAAAAGUAAUUAGAGAUCCUAAAAAAGGUAGUCCGCGCUAUUUUUCUCCCUUGUGCCAAUAAAUGAGAGUAAAAAAUGGCGCAUUGUGAAAAUGUUAUCGAUGAAUAAAGGGGUUGCAUAAACAAAAUCAUUAUGGGCGACUGAAGUUGAUGCUUCGCGUAAGACAUUGUAAAUGGACGACUGGCUCCCAAGGGCACUCUCUUUUCCACUCGUCCUCGCCUGCAUACGCGGCAUCGAGGCUACUCAUAGUGCAAUUUAGUAGGCAAGAUCUAUGUAACUAUCACCCACCCGCGAAAAUUUCCAAGCUUAACUUAUUAGUCUAUUUGACAUUUUCUAAAUUUAAAUUCGAUUCAAAAACAUAGGAUAUAGUAACAGCAAGGAUAAACACGAUUGAACAAAAAGCGUUUCAAGCAACUAUACAGGACUUAGAGGCACGUCAUUGUUUUCAAGUGAAAAGGAGCCACUUUGGAUAAUGGAUAUGCAAAAAUUAUUUGAUUUUUCUUGAAUAUAGAAGAGAAUUUUCGAGACAAACUGCUCACAUCAAUGUUGAACUCACUUUUUGAGCCUGUUUCACUAUAGAAACCUUGUUCAUUAUAGUUCGUCCUUUUCGGAAGCCACACUGUUAACCACUAAUUAUAUUCUUGGUGUAUAAUUCUAGCAUAGCUAUGAUGAUUUUCGUCGCAAUCUUAUAAAACGUACACAAAACCGUGUAUCGCCAAUUUGGAGCAAUGUGUGGGGUUCACACCCUGCUACUCACUUCUUCCUCUUGCCCCAUGGGACUGCCACAAAACGUUGCUUCACGAGGAAGACACCGCUGCAAGCCGUAACACCAGAAUCUUAUCAUUCAACCAAAAAUUUGAGCACCUAUUUAUGAAUACUGGUCAUCUCAAUAUAGCAUUCUCGUAUGGCUUCAUUAUACAUCUACAUACUUGUGCUGCCACACUCGAUAGUUUUGUACAAUAUUCAAUCAGGUUCAGCUUUGGACUCACUAAAUAUGUGGUCUUGUUCUCAAUAAACCUGUCCUCUGAGUCAGGAAAUAACACAAUCUACUUUUAACUUGCUUAUUAUCAGCAGUUUGGACCUUAGUUCUGCUGAUAAAUUGAUAGUUGCAGUUUACAUACUUCCAUGGGCCUUUCAUUGUCGAAUCUUGUAAUUCAACCAGUCCAGAUUGUUUUUCCACAACCUCGUGGAGUGAUUUUCUGCCUUUUGAUCUUACUUUGGCCUGCUUUUCUGAAAACUUUCAACCUUACGGAAGAAAAUUUCCAACACCAAUGCUUUGAGAAUUGAAGCAUAUCAACAGCCGUGGAGCUACUUCCUCAGUCCUGUUUUAGUCCAUAAAAACUUCUUUUCAGCUUCCACACCUCCAUACAUUAAGUGUAUCCCUUGACGAUCAGUCUUGCUUCACCUUGUCAACACUUCCAUCAAGAUUCGUCUUUACACGGUAAAUCCAUUUACAUGGAGUUGCUUUUUCACAAGCCACAUCGUUGUCUAUUGGUUUCUUCCACGAGUCUCCCUGCUUAACUUUCAAAGCCUCAGGGUUCUCUACGUCGCUCUUCGCUCUUUUCGAAGUAACCGAACUUUUCCAAUGUCGUUCGAUUUUGGAGCCGUCGUUGUCCUGGUUGAAUUUGAUGCUCCUUUCCUUCCUCUCGCCACGCCAUUAUAUCCCACGAGAUAUGCUUUUUGUGUAAACACAAAACCUUAUUAAAAUCGGUUUACUGUCUGUCAUUCACACGCAUUUUUCUCGAGGACGGUUGUAGCGAUUGACACCAAAUUUG